AAUUAAAAUAAUAAGAUAUAGAUUGAUUCGUCCAUAAGUCGGUAAUCGAAUUGGCUCCUAGCCACAUGUUGAGACAUAUUAUGAACUACAAACGAGCCAACUCACGAGUUUAGCUCAACAAGUCACCUAGUCGAGCUAGCUCGCGAGCUUCACAAGUUGAACAAAACUUAGCUCAUGUUCGGCUCGUUUAUUAACGAGCCAAGUUUCGAACAAGCUUUUUUCGAUUCGAACGCCGAGCCGCUCGCGAGAAACUCAGACUUAUUUGCAGCCCUAAUACGGGACGAGAUACGGUGACAACCCCUAAGGGGGUUGUCAGAUUCACAACCCACUUCAUAGCCCUUGGAUACGCUCUCUCUCCUAUCUCUUUUUUUUUUUAAAUUAACGGUUAAACAAAAACCCUAACUCCUCCAUCCUCCCUCUCUCUCUCCUCCCUCUCUCCCGUAGACAUCACCAUCUCUCCUCCCCCCUCUCUCCGCCGCCAUGGAUGAGAUCUCAUCCCCAUCACAGCAGCUGCAGCAGCUUCCCAUAACCACCACCACGAAGACAAUCAAGGAGAAGCAGUUGUCCUCCCCCCGCCGGCAAGGAACCGGCCGCGCCGCUGUCCUCCCCCCCCCCCCCCCGGCGCCGCUUCCUCCCCCCGCGCCCUGCCGCGCCGCUGUCCUCCCCUGCCGCCACCAUUUUUAUGUUGCCGCCACCGCGAGGUCAAGACUCUUCCCUGCCUCCCUCUUUCCUCAUCCCUAUUUUUUUCCAGAUCUGAUAGUCUCUACCGGUACCAAUACCACUGGUAGCGCUAUUGGUACGCUACCACUACUCACUAGUACCAAUACCAGUGGCUCCCCUAUCAUCUGGUUGCCGGAGGGAGUCUGCCGGAGAGAAUUCGCCGGAGAAAAAGUUUGUCGGUCGAUGCGGAGUGGCUGCUGAAAAAAGGAAGAUAGAGAAAUAGAUAGAGAUAUUAAUAUAUAGGAUUUAAAUUU